CUCAACAUGAACGUAUUCAUCAAUGUUUAAGAACCUCUUUCUUCUAGACCAAGCAAUAGCUAUUUAUGGAUAAGAGGAGGGAGAAUCCUGGAUGGACUCCAGUUCCACAGUUCGGAGGAUGGGACCAAAACGGGCCAAAUGAGGCUACAAACUACUCGGUUGUCUUCUCAAAAGCUCGCGCUAACAGGAAGCAGAACAAAGCUGGUGUUAGACAUUCUAGUUUGGGAAGUGAACAAGAACUAAUGGCAAGUGCUCGUCGCGACCACCAGCAACUUCACCAUCGCCACGAAACUCAAGAUGAUGACCCUGUCAUGAAGAAGAAGAGGAUCUUGACCUACAUUAAUUGUUGUAUCAGGCCAAACUAGGGCCAGCUAUGUUCCGAAGAAAGUCGCAAUCUAUGUGUCAUCGAUGAUAUAGCAAAAAAAGAUGUACGUCGCAGCCUGUAAUGACAUUAAUUAGUGUAACAUUUCUGUAAUCUUCUUCAUCAAAGAAAAAGAAAAAAAGUUUCUGUAACAUAUGUGCAUCAUCUGUUUAUAUACUCCACUCCUGGUUGCAU